GCUCUUCCCAUAUGAGAGCGAUGCUAGGAAAAAAGCUCUGGAGCCUAGAAAUACAAUCGAAGAUGUCGAUUUCAAACGACUGGAGGAACUGAUCGAAAACGAAUCUUUCUUAGCCGUCUUUUUUUAUUCCAAAGUGUGCAAGGAAUGUGAAAAGUUUCUAAAUGAGAUUGAAAAAAUUGACGAUGAUGCGGAGAAUUUUGGCUUGCAAUUUGUCAAAAAUGGAGAGAAAUUUGUGGCGAAAAAGUAUGGCGUUACAGAUUUUCCUGCAUUGGUAUACUUUAGAAACAAAGAACCGGCAAUAUACAAAGGUGACUUGAUGAAUGAAGACAAUGUCCUAGAAUGGCUAACUGAUAUUGAAUCAAUGGAAUUACCAGAUGCUAUUGAGGAAGUCAAUGCAAAAGUCCUUGAGAACCUAAUAGACGAGACAGAAUUUGUUGCAGUAAUCUUUUACAAAAAUGAUUGUCCUGAAUGUGAAAGUGUUCUUCAUGAUCUUGAAGAAAUUGAUGAUGAAGCUGACAAAAGUAACAUUGCCUUUGUGAAAGUACGUGAUGAAGUAUUAGCACUUGAAUUUGGAAUUGAAAACUUACCAGCACUACUUUAUUACCGUAAAAAGGUUCCUCUAUUAUACGAUGGCAACCUUCAUGAUGAAAAACUUGUGCUCAACUGGCUCGAAGCACAUAAAGAUCUAGAUGCAGACAUAAUCGAAGAUAUUUCAAGUAACAUCUUAUCAACACUCAUAGAAAACUCUACUUUCUUAGCUGUCUUGUUUUAUGACAAAAAUGAUGAAAAAUGCCAAGAGGUACUUCUGGAGUUGGAAGCCAUUGAUGAUGACACGAGCAAAAAUGGAAUACCAUUUGUAAAAAUUUCAGAUUUGGAAGCUGCUAGUGAAUAUGGAAUAGUUGAACUUCCAGCUUUAGUUUACUUUGAGAAGAAGAUACCUAAUUUUUUCCAAGGGGAUUUGCAUAAUGAAGAACAGGUUUUGCAGUAUUUAAUUCAUCAAAAGGAAUCAGAUGAAAUCGAAGAUGUGACAAAUAAAGUUCUAGCGCAGAUGAUUAAAACAUCUGACUGUUUAGCAGUACUAUUUUAUGAUAGUGGUAGCAAUACUAGUAAAGCCAUCUUAGAAGACUUAGAAGGAAUUGAUGAUGAUUGUGAUCGGAACAAUGUCCCUUUUGUAAAAAUUGAUGACAGCCAGUUGGAAUCAUUAUAUGGCAUAAAACAUCCACCUGCACUAGCAUUUUAUAAGAAGCAAGUUCCAAAGUUUUAUGAUGGUGAUUUAUCAAAUGAAGAAAAUGUCUUGCGAUGGUUGUUAGAGCAAAUGUCAUCUGAAGAAAUUGAGGAUGUGUCAACUCCUGUAUUGCAGCAAAUGAUUAAAAACACAGAAUACCUGAGUGUACUAUUUUACGAUAAAAGUGAAAAAUCUGCUAAAGUUAUUAAAGAGUUGGAGAAUAUCGAUGAUGAAGCUGAUCAAAGAAAUCUCCCUUUUGUAAAAAUUGCAGAUGACGAACUAGCAAAGUACUAUGGCAUUGAUGAUGAGCUGCCAAUUCUAGUUUAUUUUGAAGGUGAAAUCCCAAGCAUAUAUAGAGGCGAUUUGACAAAUGAAGAAGAAGUUCUUGAUUAUCUGGUGAAACAAAUGGAAUCUGAUGAAAUUGAAGAAGUGACUGACCGGCUUUUGGAAAUAAUGAUCAACAAACAUAAUCUCCUUGCAGUUCUUUUUUAUGACGCUUCAUCAGACAGCCAAGUUCUUAAUGAACUUGAAAAAAUUGAUGAUGAAGCGGAUCAACAGGGUAUUUUGUUCCUAAAAACUAGUGACUUAGCUGCUGCUGAAAAAUAUGGAAUAGAAUAUUUGCCAUCAUUGGUAUUCUUUUAUAAAAAAAUGCCAAAUGUUUAUUCAGGUGACCUUCGUGAGGAAGAGGAGGUUUUAAAAUGGUUUGUUGACCAACUCACAAAAGAUGAAAUUGAAGACGUAACAGAAAAAAUGCUGUUACACUUAAUUGAAACAUCACCAACUCUUGCUGUUCUUUUCUAUGAUGCAGAUUCUCCUAAAAGCUUCACAGUUCUAAAAGAACUUGAAAAAAUUGAUGAUGACUCGGAGAAGUACGACAUUCCAUUCGUUAAAAUCAGCGAUGUCAGCCUUGCCCAACAGUUUGGUUUGAAUGAUGAACUUCCAAUACUGCUAUUUUUUGAAGAUAAGAUCCCAUCAGUAUUUGAAGGUGACUUGAUGAAAGAAGAAGAAGUUCUUGAAUGGCUUGUGAAACAAAAAACUGAAGACAGCAUUGAAGAAGUCACUGAAGAAAUUCUUUUGAAGUUAAUGAAGGACAGAGGAUAUGUAUUAGCAUUUUUUGCUCCAAAUGAAUGUGAAAUUUGUGAAACAAUUCUUCAUGAAUUAGAAAAUAUUGAUGAUGAAACUGAUGAAAAUGGUAUAUUACUAGUAACAACUGAUGAUAUGAAUGUAGCCAUUUCCAAAGCCAAUGUAACAGACUUUCCAGCAUUAGUUUUAUUUAGAAAUGAGGAACCAGUUCCAUAUACAGGUGAUUUAAUGGAUGAAGCUGCCAUUUUAGCUUGGGUUACCAGUGAAGAGACAUUAGACAGUCCGGAUGCUAUAGAAGAAGUAAAUGAAAGAAUGCUGGACAAAAUGUUGAAUGUUUCUCACUCACUUUGUGCACUAUUUUAUCGUAAAACUGGAUGUUCUGAGUGUGAUAUAGUUCUGCAAAGCUUAGAAAACAUUGAUGAUGAUGCUGAAAAAAAUGAGGUUGAUUUUGUCAAGAUAUCGGAUUCAACACUAGCAGAAAAAUAUAAUGUAACAAUGUUUCCAACUAUUAUUUUCUUCCGUCGUCAAGUGCCACAGCUUUACGAAGGAGAUCUUCAUCAGACAGAAGAAAUUUUAAAAUGGUUAAUUGAAAAUAGAGACAGACCAGAUAGUUUCAUUGAAGAUGUAGAUAGAAAACAACUUGAAGUACUUAUUGAAGAACAGACAGUUGCAGUUUUCUUUUACAAUGAAAACUGCUCAACAUGUGAGGCUAUACUUCAAGAACUUGAACACAUUGAUGAUGAUUCAGAUCGUUAUGGUGUCCAGAUUCUUAAAACAGAUGACAUGGAAUUUGGAAUGGAACUUGGUGUAUCUGAAGUCCCAUCUUUUGUGUACUUUGAAAACAGUGGAAUCCCUAGCAUAUAUGAUGGUGACCUUAUGAAUGAAGAUGAUAUUUUACAAUUCUUAGUUCAAGAAAAAACCGAAGACACAAUUGCAAAUAUUAAUCGAGAUAUGUUAUUCAAGCUCAUUGAAGAACAAGAGUAUCUGGCCAUUUAUUUCUACAAAGAAAACGACAGAGAAAGUAAAGAAAUUUUGAAGCAUCUAGAGCAAAUUGAUGAUGAUUGUAGUGAUUAUGAAGUACAACUGUUGAAAAUGUCUGACAAUUUGAUGGCAAAGAAGUACAGAGUUAGAAACCCACCUGGAUUGGUAUUUUUUCGCCAUGGAAAUCCUAUUACAUACCCAGGUGAUCUGACAGAUGAAGAAGAAGUUCUCGAGUUUUUAACCAGCCCAGACAAUAUGGAGAGUUCUGAUGCUAUUGAAAAAGUUAAUAGAAGAAUGCUAGAACGAGUUUUAGCUAGGUGUGACUACUUGGCUGUGUUUUUCUAUAGGCGAACUCAUUGUCGUAAAUGUGGCAAAGCAUUGGAAGAACUGGAAAACAUAGAUGAUGAUGCUGAGUCUCAGGGAAUCCAUUUUGUAAAAAUUGAAGAUGAAAAAUUGGGCAGAUCUUUUGGUGUUUUCAACAUGCCAGCUUUAGUAUUUUUUAGAUUUGGAGACACUGAGGAUCCUGUUGUUUAUGCUGGGGAUUUGAAAAAUGGAUCAGACAUAUUGGAUUGGCUAGUAACACAAAAAGAUCCUUCUAGUGAUAUGAUUGAGGAAAUGGAUGGAGAUGAACUUGAAGACUUGAUAGAAACAGCAAACUUCUUGGCAGUUUUAUUUUAUGAUCCAGAUGAAGAAGACUGUCCUGAGUGUCAAGAAACAUUGGCAGAUUUGGAGAACAUUGAUGAUGAUACAGAUCGUCAUGGAAUUCUGUUUGUUAAAACAACUGAUGAUAGUAUUGCUGCAGAUUAUGGCAUAACUAAAUUCCCUGCUCUAAUCUAUUUUGAGAACAAUGUACCCAGCAUUUAUGAAGGUGAUAUCUCUGCUGAAGAAGAAGUCUUACAAUCACUGAUCCAUUCCAAAUCUGAAGACACAAUUGAAACAGUGAACAGAGAUAUUUGUGAUAAACUAAUUGAGAACACACCUUAUCUAGUUGUUGUAUUUUAUAAACUUCAAAAUAAAGUCUCAGAUGAAAUCUUAGAACAUUUAGAGAAUAUUGAUGGCUUCACCGAUGAAUUUGGCAUCCAGAUGGUCAAAACACAGGACAGUACAGUUGGUAGAAGAUAUGGCAUCAAACAGUUUCCAGCACUGGUUUAUUUUCGAAAUGGUCAUCCUCUUGUUUAUACAGGAGACUUGAAAUCAGAAGAAUUGGUUCUAGACUGGAUUCUGAGUGAUAAUACAAUUCAAUUGGCAGAAGAAAUUGAGGAAGUGAAUGCAAAGAUGCUGGAUAAACUAGUUGAAAAGUUUCAGUUAAUGGCUGUUUAUUUUUAUGAAAAGGAGUGUGAUGAGUGCUUGGAUAUUUUGAAAGACCUAGAAGAAAUUGACGAGGAAGCUGAUCUCUUUGGUAUAGGAUUUGUAAAGAACAGUGAAUCUUCAGCUGCUGUUAAAUGGGGUGUUCAUAGUGUUCCAACGUUAGCUUACUUUCGCAAAUCAGUUCCUGUGUUUUAUGAAGGUUCACUCAAUGAUCCAGAAAGAGUUUUAAAUUGGCUAACAAGCCAAGAUAUGAUUGAACUGAAGAAUGAAAUUGAAGAAGUCAGCAGAAAGAUGCUUGAUAAACUGUUGUAUGAAAAUGACUUCAUAGCAAUAUUUUUUUAUGAUGAAGAUUGUCCUGCUUGUGAAGAUGCUCUCCGAGCUUUAGAAGAAAUCGAUCAUGAAAUUGAUGAACUUGACAUCUUAUUUGUUAAAAUUAAAGAUGCUCGCUAUGCUCGUAAAUAUGGAAUGAAGAAUUUGCCUUCCUUAACUUAUUUCAGAAAGAGAUUUCCAACAAUGUAUCAUGGUAAUUUGACUGACACAUCAGAAGUUUUGAAUUGGCUGAAAAAGAACAGAUAUCGAAGCCGAGAACUCAAUCUUUUCAUGUUUCCCAUUAUUGCAAUGGGUGCAGUGUUCAUACAAUAUACAUGUUUCCUAAAAUUUUGCUUUGGACCAAUGGUUGAAAAACAGAGCUAGCACCAAAUCCCUCGGUUUCAAAGCUACUUUGGAUGAAGAUUAUAUUUUGAUACAUGUUUAUUCUCUCAUUGUGUGAUAGAAUUCCACUUACCCAAUUUCACCGCAUUCCUAAGAUGUCAUUGCUCACCGCAUUUCGAAAUGAUCCCAUCACAAAAUAAACUAUUUUUAAUUCAAAAAUAAAAAGGAAAAAAAGGAACAUCAUUCUAAAUCUUCUCAAGCAAUUUUUUCAUUAAUUUGCAUUAUGUAUCACAUCUUAAUAGCAAAAUGAAAUAUUUUAAGUAUAAUGUAUGUUUCAGUGAACAUUUUAAAAACUGAAAUCUUUUUCCUAAUAUUUUAUGUUUUCAUAUCAUAAUGUAUUUAAACUUUUUAAAUUAAAAAUCUAUU